AUGAGCUCAGACAGGCCAGAAGACAGCAACCACCUGGACGCGUCAUUCGAUGCGAACGCGUCAUUUGAGUCGUGCACCUCGCAGCAGUUACAGAUGUACGCAUCUGAACAUCGAGAUGAUGACCUCACCGUUGACUCUCCCGCUCGGAGAAGUUCCUUGGAAUCUCAAGUCGGACAGAAGCGCAAGAGAUCCACAGACGCAGACGACUGCAAAGUGCCAAUACUGGUGAAACAUCAGGAGCAUGCAGCUGAAUUGCUGCAAGGCUUGAGUCAAUUGUUUCAAGAUGAAUCACUCUGUGACGUCACGAUUCGAGUAGAGGACGAGGAUUUCCGGGCGCAUAGAGUUAUCCUAGCAUCCUCGAGCGACUUUUUCAAGAUACUCUUAGUUGGAGGAUUCAGAGAGAGUAAGGAAGAGGUGAUCAAGCUUGAGGGGGUGGAUAAACGAUCCUUCAAGUGGAUCCUCGACUUCAUUUAUAACGGGCAGCUGGUUCUUCAUGGAACGGAAGAACUUGUAAAUUUGUUAGUAGCCAGUGAACACCUCGGGUUCAGCUCAGUCAGAAGUAUCUGUGUGCAGCGGCUGCAGCAGCGUCUCGAUCUUCCCAAUGCUCUCAAAUUGCGCUUAUUUGGACAAGAAGUUGGCUGUCAGGAACUCAUUGAAGCAGCUUCAGAGGUUGUAUUCAAUCAAUUCACUCAAAUUGCAUCAGAAAGUGAAGACUUUCUACAGCUUGAUCUAAGUCAACUCUGUGAUAUUCUGGCGAGUGAUAACCUUGCGGUGGAUUCAGAAUAUGAUGUCUUUGAGGUAAAGGCAAAUUCCUUUCUUAUCUACAAACGCGAGCCAUUGCUUGGUCAAUUGCUCUGCAACCUGCGGAUCGGUCUGCUGAGUGAGGAAAACAUCAACAGCAUCUUGGAAGAGCCGAUGGUCAAAAAACGAAUCAGUGGAACUUCAGCUUGCCCUGAAAUUCAACAUCUUUUCUCUUCGGUCCCUAAAGCGAAGAGAAUGAAAUUGGAUCCUGACAAUCAGAAAUUGCUGGCUCGCCUCAAGAAUCCAAAAGAUCAAAUUCAACAAGACUCUAAACUGGACACAAAACAGUGCAAGAAUCGUAAACAACGAAUCACCAAAUGUUUACUUGCUUUGGGUGGUCGGCCGGCGUGGACUAAAGUAGAAAGGCUCGACUCCAAGACUAGUUCAUGGGAUGAGAUUGCUCCUAUGAUACAAAAGAGGAUGCGGCAUGGUUCUUCAAGCGUCAAGGGAAUGGUGUACGUUGUCGGAGGAAAGGAUGAGACAGGCAGAGCGCUGGCUAGCAUCGAGCGAUACAACGCUUAUCAGAACUCUUGGAAGUUGCUCUCACCCAUGAAAACUGCAAGGACUGGCCUGGGUGUUGCUGCUGUCGCUGGAGUCAUUUAUGCCGUUGGUGGGCGAAACGAUUCGGGCUACAGACUCAACAGUGUGGAAUGCUACAAUGUUCAAACAGACAAUUGGUCUGUAUGCGCUUCCAUGCGCGAGGCGAGAGGAGCCGUGCGGCUCGGUGCCUUGAACAACAUUCUCUAUGCAGUUGGAGGAAGGUCGGAGAAAGAUGCCGCAAUGGCGAGCGUUGAAGCAUACGAUCCAGUCACAGACACCUGGUGCAACGUCGCCCCGAUGAGAACAUGUCGAGUUGGAGCAGCCGUCGAAGUCUUGGAAGGAUAUUUGUAUGCCAUCGGGGGAAAGGAUGACUUUGGGAACAAGCUUCGAAGCGUCGAACGCUAUGAUCCAACCACCAAUAGCUGGACCCCAGUGGCAAAUAUGGGAACGAAGAGAUGGGGAGCGGGUGUCGCCGUGAUGGACAAGAAACUCUACGUUUUGGGUGGCAUGAACGGUGCCGAGAGAGGCUUGCUACCGACUGUGGAAGUGUACGAUCCAGUGAAGAAUAGCUGGUCGGAACUCAAGGAGGGUCCAAAGCUAGCCAGGGGGUCUUGCACAUUCGCUGCUUUGUAG